AUGAGCUACGCAGCAGUUUAUGCUCUUGCUAUACUUGCUGAUAAUACCAGUCCUGAUGUUACAACAAUGUCAAAAAUUCUUGGAAGCGUCGGUAUCGUUUGUGAUAAUACAAAAGCACAAAAAGUGAUCGAUACGUCUGGUGGUGCAGCUGUUGGUUCCACUGUUAGUGCUGGUAAAGUUCCUGCUGAAGAAGAAGAAGACAUGGGUUAUGAUUUAUUCGAUUAA